AUUGUCCUCUUUUUCUUGAUUUCAGACGCCAUCUACAGGUUCCAUCAUAUUCCCCCAAUUCAAAACCCCAGACACACCAGCAAUACAAACCAGUACUACUUCUACAUCUCCGAUGGAUUAAUCAAAUUCAAGCAUCAAUCAUGAAUCAUCAUCAACAAUCAUCAUCAGAUGAUUAUCCACCAAAUUCAAUCAGUCUCAAAAAAGAAGAAGAAUUAGAUUGGUUAAGUAAAACAGGCGGUCUAUUCGAAAGAAAUUAUUCAACGAAACCAAGCCCUAGCAGAAGCAUCUCCCAUUCAAGAUCAUCAUCUGCAUCUCAGAGAUUCUUCACCAGUUUGAAAUCAAAAGCAUCAGUAAUCGGUUUACCAAAACCACAAAAUUCCUGUUUCGUUGUUGCUGCUGGUGGUGGUAGAAGGAAUUCUAAGUCUACUGUACCAACGAAAUCCAGAUUGUUUUUUCCGAAACGAUCAAGAUCAAAAUCAUCGAGUUCUGCUCCUCCGUUGAGUGAACCUUCGUCGCCGAAAGUCUCAUGUAUCGGAAGAGUUAGGUCAACUAAAGAGAGUUUCGUCGCUAAGAGUCGGAGUUUCAGGUUUCGGAAUUCAAUUAGGUCUGUUGACGAUGAAUCUAAGAAAAACAGUCCUUCUUCUUCUAAUAAGCCGCACAAAACUGGAUUCUGGUCUAGCGUGAGAUCAGUUUUCCGAAUCGGUAGUGGGAAGAAGAAGAAUCUAUCUGGUCUUGAUUCGUCUAAUAAGAUUUCCAAAUCGCCGUCGGAGGAAGUGGUGGCGGCGGGUGAAUCGAAGAGUAAAGGUCCGGCGGUGAGCGAACCACCGAGUUUAGGUGGUUUGAAACGGUUUACGUCUGGCAGGAAGUCGGGAUCAUGGGGAGGAGGACUGGAUGAUGAAUCGGGUGAGUUUGAAGGACCGGUUGGUGGUGAUCGUGGGUCGGUGUUUAGUCGACGUGGAUCAGGCCAGCCUAUGGAGAUUGAUUGUAGUGCUCGUGAUUGGGUAACCGGAGGUCCCGCCUCUGUUUAAUUUUCUUUUUUUUCUUUCGAUUUUGUUUCUAUGAUUAUUAUCAUUGCCAACACAAUUGGGAGUAUUACAUGUGAAAUUUGCUACUUCUUCUGGAUACUUAUUGUACAAACGCUGGGACACAUUGUUUGUUUAUGGGUCUAGACAGUACUUCUAGUCCAUUAUUUUGUACACCAUUGCAGAAGCAGCAUAAAAAAAAAACAGAAAUGGAAGGGAGCCAUGUGCCUUCAGCAUCUUAAGCAUUAAAUGUUGCAAACCUUACUCGGCAUCUAGUCUUGCCGGAAUCUGCCAAAUCUUUACCAUGCAUGUUUAUAUAUAUAUAUAUAUAUAUAUAUAUAUUUUUUUUUUCUAUUUGGGGUUGCUUUGGAUUGUGUAAGACUGUAAAUAUCCGUGAAUGUUAAAAUUUGUUGGAUUUAA